UGCUUUUUUUUUUUUUUACCGGGCCAAACUCGUGCGUCUACACCUCUCUCCCAGAGGGACUUGUUCUGCAGGGUGGAGCCGAUGGCUCGGCUGGGGGUAAAUGACACUGCUUGAAGAAAGAGGCUGAAAUCUCCAGUUCUGUUCCGUUAUCAGCUGCGCCACAAGCGCUGCAGAUUUGUGCUGAAGGUGUCAGUAGAGGAGGUGGGCGGAUCUCCACCAACCAUCAUGGAUAUCAGUUUAUGGACAUUUUCCCAUUCCAAACUGUGGCAUAUGAAUGGCUGCUGCUUAUGUCGUUGAGCUCUAACACUGGGCAUAGUUGCUCUGGACACCAUGACACAGAUGGACUACAAGUACAGCCUGCUUGGCUCCACUGUGGAUGAUUACCACAAGAGGCCGCUGCUCCUGCAGGUGGACAACACACCCAUGAACUUGUUUGCGGUUCUGGAAGUGAAACGCGACCUAACGAGACGCUCAAGCACUGUCGGAUGCAAGAUCCGCCUGUACGGCUUCCUGUUCGUCCUAGCCAUCAUGUUCCUCAUAAUGGCAUCGUACGUUUUGACAGGGGACAAGAAGGGCCUUCUCCUUACGCCGUCCCCUUACCACCUCAACGGCUUGGUCAGUCCCGGACCCUUUGCCUUUAACCUCACGUCAGUGGGGGACUAUGCACAUAUAAAACUGGUGGUGAAAUCCAUCAAAUCCAAGGUGGAGUUUCGGACCCAACGACAAUGCCCUGACCGCAAAGCACUGAUGAGGAGCGAUCCACAUGUGAGUAUCAUUCGUCUCAGUGAGGGUUUGCAUGAUCGGUACCCGGUGGAGGACUAUCUUGACCUGUUUGAUCAGGCUGCUUACCAAAUCCAGGGCGAGCUAAAUGCAAACACCAGCGGAUCACCCAGCCACCCGAACGUCAUCAUAGGAGAAGCGAGCGCCUCCACCAUGUGGGAUAACAACGCCUGGGUGUAUUUCUAUGACAACACCACAGAGGGAGAGCCGCCGUUUCUCAUCCAGGACUUCAUCCAUGCCCUACAGCCGGAGGCCCGCUUCAUCGUUAUGCUCAGGGAUCCAGUGGAAAGGCUUUACUCUGACUACCUUUACUUUGGAAUUGCCAAUAAGUCUGCGGAGGAUUUCCAUGAGAAGGUGUCAGAGUCCCUGCAGCUAUUCGAGGGGUGCCUUAUGGAAUACACAAUGCGCUCCUGUGUGUACAACACCACAGUCAACAACGCAAUGCCAGUGAGACUGCAAGUCGGCCUUUACGUUGUGUACCUAAUUGACUGGCUGGCUGUCUUCAGCAGAGAACAGAUUCUGGUCCUGAGACUGGAAGACCAUGCCUUCGACAUGAAAGACACAUUGCAUAAAGUCUUUGAUUUUCUUAAUCUUGGGCCAUUGUCAAAAGAAAUAGAGUCACAAAUCACAAGAAGCCCAGCAUCAAACACCAGGAGACCAGCUGACAAGAACCUGGGACCCAUGCUGCCUAUAACUAAGGAAAUCCUGCAGGACUUCUACAAACCAUUUAAUGAGAAACUGGCAAAAGUGCUGCAAAAAGAGUCCUUCCGUUGGGAAAACAAUUUCGAACUCUGAACGAACUUCUUUCAACAAGAAGAAGGAAGAACGCAGAGCCCCAUUUUGGGGUUUAUCUCUUUUAAGUGCCCAUGAAAAGAACAUCAAAGUAUUUUAAUGUAAAUUAUUUUUAAGUUAUAAGAGCAGAGAUGAAUCAAAGAUAGAAAAUAACAGCACAAGCAAGUGUGGCGUUUUUGUGUGAUUGUGUGCGAGAGAGGAAGAAUGAUAGACUGUAAGUGAUGCUGGGAGAUCUUCACUUCUCCGUUUUGUGUCCAGACAUAUAAAAUUAAAUUGUGAAUUUCAAAUA